CCUCUCUUUUACACACGGCAACUCUCUAUCCGGCUGGGAACACGGUUACGCUUUUGAGACGUUCCCUAAAUCCCUGCGGGAAUAUGCGCUUGGCUGACGCUCCCAGUGCUAAAGUUGGUGGUCACAUGACAUAGUUGUUUCUGUUUCACUUUCCGGCGGCAUGUGCAGUAAUUCACUCGGAGCGGCAGCCCGGCCGUAGGAAUGUGUGUGUGUGUGUGUGUGUGUGUGUAGCUGGAACCGAAUAGUGUAAUUGGAAAAAGACUGCGUAUCUCUAUUCCAGCUCUGUGUGUGUAGGCGAGAGAGAGUCUCUGGGGAGUGUGGGGACUGGAGGCUAAUCGCAGUUCUGGACCUCAUCACAGAAAGUCUGAAACGAAAAUGCCCCCAAGGAGAAGUAAACUCCCUGUUCCUCUUCCAGAAGGAUGGAAAGUUACAGACACCAGCAAAAAAACAUGGAGGAUGGGUAAAAUGAUUGGCAAAGGAGGUUUUGGGCUCAUUUAUUUAGCUUCUCCGGAAUGUGAUGUACCAGUGCGUGAUGAUGCAGUACAUGUAAUAAAAGUGGAGUACCAUCAAAAUGGACCUUUGUUUUGUGAGUUGAAAUUUUACCAAAGAGCAGCAAAGCCAGAGGAUAUUAGAAAAUGGACAGCCAAUAAGAAACUAGAUUAUCUUGGGAUACCCAAGUACUGGGGAUCAGGAGAAACUACAUUCAAUUCUCAAAGUUACAGAUUUAUGGUGAUGGAUCGACUUGGAGUGGAUCUUCAAACAUUGCUGAACAAAAACAAUGGAAAACUGUCAGCACAAAGAGUUAUGCAAUUAGGUAUUUGUAUGUUGGACAUCUUGGAAUUCAUACAUGGAAAUGAAUAUGUACACUGUGAUAUAAAAGCAGCGAACAUUCUUUUCAGCUACACCGAUCAGACUGAGGUUUAUCUUGCAGAUUAUGGACUUUCUUACAGAUACUGCCCCAAUGGGAACCACAAAGAGUAUAAAGAAAACCCCAAAAAAGGCCACAACGGGACCAUUGAGUUUACCAGUUUAGAUGCUCACAAGGGAGUUGCUCCAUCAAGACGAGGGGACCUAGAGAUUCUUGCAUACUGCAUGCUGUCCUGGCUAUGUGGGAGUCUGCCAUGGGAUCACGCCCUAAGAAAUCCUACUGCUGUUCAAGAUUUAAAAGCAAAACUCCUGAGCCAUCUCCCUGACUCUGUAGCGGAAUGGACAGAUGGAGAUGACGGAUCCUAUGAAAUUGCCAUGUUUAUGGAAGAAAUUCGCCAUUUAGAGUAUGAAGAACAGCCAGAUUAUGGAGCCCUGAAGAGAAUCCUUGCCAAGCCUCUGGCAUCCAGUGGGACCGGCCGUCAUUUUACUUUGAGUUCCAAAGCAGCUCUACCCAAGCCCAGAAGCCUUCCCAUGGCUUCCAAACCAACAGUAUGUCCAGCCAAGCUCGGAGUCUUGGAGAAGAAGAAGAAGAAGAAGGAGUGGGGGGAGAAAAGAAAGGAGAAGAAAGAAGACAAGCUUAAAGUUGUGCAGGCAAAUGUAGAAGAGACAGAUUCACAGUGGGCAAAUACAGAAGAUUUGGAGGAGACACAAUCACAGUGGACACCACUCAGAAGAAACCCAAAGAUAAGGUCGAAGAACAAUAGACAAGUUUAUGUUGGAGAAGACCGUUACAUUAACAGUGUGUACUACUAUGCUGAAGAACAUUUCAACUCACCACAGAGAAAGUCUAAGUGCUGCUCAGGAGAAGGAGACUACUGCCAUACUUAUUUUGCACAGGACAUGGAAAUGUCAAGGAGUCUACAGAGCUACAUGUAUUCUGCAGAGGAUGAAGAAGAAACUUUUCCAAACAACUACGAAAAUUCACUUUUUCAAGACGUUUCUACCUCUGAUCAUCAUUGUGAAAUGAGUCCCCAGUAUUGCAGAGACCUGUAUAAAUAUGGAGUGGCCAUUCCUCUAUUUUUGCUAAUGAUUUACAUUGCAUUGUAUGGGCUCUGAUGGAUUCAGCGGGUUUCUGAAAUCAUUUUGUCCAUCUUCUGAAUGUGUCAAGGUUUCUUGUUUGACAUCUUUAGGGUAAUAGGCUAUAAAGAAAAUAAACAUUUUUAAGUCAUUUUAAAAAAAGCAAUGGAAUAAAAACCUUCAGAAUGAAAGUGCUUUACUCUACUCCCCUAUGUUAGCUUUACCUUGUAUGCACACUAUUCCCUAAUGAUUGUUUUGCUCUCUACUCACACCCAGUAUCAUUCUGUUGCCUGCUGACAAUAUAAACAUAUUUUAAUUAAAAAAGAGACACCACCACAUGGGGUGUUUUGCGGCCUGCACCAAGCCGGUGGGUAUUUUCUUGCAAAUUCACAAUUAUACUGACAUACCCAUGCCGAUUUACACUGCCGGCACUUAGGUAUUUGACAAUAUUUUGUUACCCAUGUUGAUCACAUUAGGGUUCUAUCAUUUCCCUAAAAUUGCUUUUUGUUUACUGUAACAUGAAGAAAGAGCUGACAGUUCCUGUAAGUACCAGGAUUGUGGGUUUGGGGCAUGUAGCUCAUAUCUUUCAGAGCUAUAGUGCUUAGUGUGUUCUGAAACCCAAUGGCUUGUAGUGAUAUAGAUAGUGAUAUAUCGACCCCAAAACCCCCCAGAGUAAUUAUACUAAGAGGACUUGUCUCACACUUGGCCACUCCCUAUAUCAUAACAAUGGGGAAAUCUCAGUCAGUGUGUUUUUUGCAGUUUUAAGAGUGCUGCUCUCUAUACUAAAUUCGUGAACACAUAAAAUUAGAAACAUUUA